CCGACUCUUUGCGACAAUGAAAAGGCGUCCCUGGCAACCCUGCAAACCGAGUCGCACAGGGGACCCGGCUUAUAGACGACCUAGCCUGGCACACUUAGGUCGUACCUAAACAAUAUUUUGUUUGAUUUGUCCCUUUACGGCGAAUCUACCCACUAUCAUAUGUGUAGAGGGCAAUAAGAAGCCAUAGAAUUUCACUCGGGCCUACAACUGAGUUCAAUGAAUUGUUUUGUAUAAGGAACAAGUGUGUGUUGGUAAAUUCCAGUUUGAUUCAACCCCAGUUUCAUGGUCUUGGCGAGCAACCCUUGCGGAAAAUCGAGGUGAUUGCUGGAAGCAACAAAAAAGCUGUCUUAUCAAGAUGAUGCGAUUAAAAAGGGACGACAGCUCAGACAGCCUGCUGAACAAUGGCCCCCGGUCCGAGUACGUGAAAAGAUACCCAGAACAUCCAGUAAACCGGACCAAAAGUUAUAAACCACCCGCAGAGAUAGUCAAAGGAGAGGGUCAAAUCGAUUCUCUGACCAUCCAAAGGAGGGACUUUCCUGAGCACCCGCUUCAGAAACGCCAGCCGUACAAACGAGACAGCGACAGGCCGGACCUCGGUGCCUUUGAGGGACAUCCUUCUUACAGAGAGGACUACCCUGAGUGGCAGCUUCCAGAAAAACGACCCAGAGAAAAGGCCAACUGGCAACGACCCGAACAGCCGUUUGAGGGAAAAUCUACCAACAUGAACGACUUUCCUGAGCAUCAGAUCUCCCCGAGAGUCAACUACAGACCAGAUAACAAACCCCUCCAAUCGGAAAAACCAUUUGAAGACAGGACUGGUUACAAGGACACUUUCAAAGAGCAUCCUCUGCCGCCAAAGCAGCCCCGUCAAAAAGUGGAGUGGACUAAACCUGUGGACCCUUUUGAUGCCACAACCACACAGCAGAAGGAUUUCCAGGGUCUAUACCAGCCCAAGCAGAAGAGUCUGAGGCCGGACCAGGCACCAGUGACCUCUGACGCUCCGAUAGAGAAGGACACGACGACGUCCGUCUCUUACCCGCCUCACGCCUUACCUACCCGAUUUAGGCACGAGCCGGAGCAGUACAGGCGACCGGACGGCGACAUGGACCUGAACACGACCGCAGGCAUGUACUACAAAGAGCACGCCGUAGAGCGGCAGGCUAUCCAAAAGCCGGGUUCCUCCCACCUGCUGAGGGGCAGGGGCCAGAUGGAGAAAGACACCAACUAUGCCACGGACUACCCGGAGCACCCAAUGGGACGUCGAGAGCUGAUGAAACCCAAGAAUAAUUAUGUACCUCCGUCAGAACCCAUCUCCUCGGUCACUGUGAACCAAGCUGAUUACCAUCCUCAUAAGCUCGGACCAAGGAGAAAUUUUAAGCCCAAUGACGCUCCGAUGCAGUCAGACAAGCCAUUUGAUGACCGCACUGGGUACAGGGACACGUUUAAAGAACACAAAAUCAGCCCUAGACAACAGAGGGAGAAGGAGGUUUACACCGGGCCGACAGCACCACUAGACGCUAGGACCACAGUGGGCGAGUCUUACUUGGGACCCUAUCAGCCUAAAAGAGAUAGCUUCAGGCCAGAUCGCAACCCGGUGCAGUCGGACCAACCUUUCGACGAUAGCACCACGAUGAACCAUGACUUUAAAGCUUAUGAGGUGCAGAAACGUCAAGGACGGAAGCAGGCGGAAUACCAACGACCGUUGGGAGAUAUGGAUCUCAACACCACUCACAACACGAACUUCAAAGAGUUGCCAUUGCAUAAACAGGCCAUCCAAAAACCUGGCUCCUCACAUCUUCUUCGAGGCUCAGGUUUGAUGAGCAAUUCCACCAACUAUCAAGGGGACUUUGUGGAGAAGCCUAUUGAAAAGAGAAAGCUGUUGAAACCCGAUGCGGAUUACCACCCUCCAACAGACCCUAUGGAUAGUCGCACGACUCAUCAAGAAGCCUACAUAGAAAAGUACGGAGGUAAGAGAGAAACUUUCCGUCCUAAGAACGACCCGCUCCGGUCUGAUGUACCGUUUGAAGACAGGACAGAGAACCGCGACACGUUUGUCCCCCAUGAAGUCAAUCCACGGAAACUGAGGGAAAAAGAAGCCUACCUACCGCCCACGGCUAAACUGGAGGACAGAACCACGGUGCGGGACUCCUACCAGGGAUCUUACCAGCCGAAACGAGAGAGUUUCAGACCAGACCGAAAUCCUGUUUUGUCCGAUGCCCCUUUUGAUGACACGACAACAACUGGAACUUCCUUCAAGGAAGUGCAAAUCCCGGACAGGUUUGUGAGAAAACAUGAGGUGUAUCAGAAACCCGAUGGCUACAUGGACAUGACCACCACAAACUUUGCCAACUACAAGGAACACCGUGCAGAGAAACAGCCAAUCGUCAAGCCUGGCUCCUCCCAUCUGCUCCGUGGCUCAGGCGAGAUGAGCAAGGACACCAACUACAGCAACCACUUCCAGCAGCCCCCGCCCGUCAAACGAGAGCUGGUGCGGCGCCGUGACGAGUACAAACCCCCGAGCAUGCCGCUCGAGUCCACCACCACCACACACGGCGCCUACAAGGAGCACGGACUUACUCCCAGGAAAAACUUCAAGCCUAAAGGAGACUACCUCAAGUCCGACGCUCCCUUCGAUGACAGCACCGACUACAGAGAUAGGUUCACCCAGCACCAGCUGCCUCCCCGCCAUGUGAUGCAGAGAGAGGAACACAAGCCUCCCUCCGCGCCCUUCGACUCCCGCACCACCGCCCACGACAGCUACCUGGGCGCCUACCAGGCCAAACGAGAAUCCUUCCGUCCCGACCGGGAGGUGGUUCAAUCAAAUGUACCCUUCCAGAGUGACACUACUUUCGGUGCGUCCUUCAAACCUUAUGAAACCCAGCAAAGACAUCGACACAAGCCUGCAGAAUACGUCAAACCAGAAGGAAAUAUGGACCUCACCACUAUCAACAGAGAAACUUACAAAGAAGUGCGUGGUGAGCGUCCUGCUAUGAGGAAGCUGGGGGAUUCCAGUCUCUUGUCCCAUGCAGGCAAAUUUGAGGAUCGGACAAGCUAUGGGUCGGAAUUUGUUCCAAAGAGUAACGAGAACAGAAAGCUGCUGAAGCCGGACAACCAGUACAUCCCGUCUUCUGUGCCCUUCGACGACCACACAACAUACCGGACCUCACACGUGGGCUACGUGGCUCCCAAGGAGCGCAGCAGACGCCCAGAUGCCCUGUCUGAUGUGCUUGGGCAGCGAGACGGAGCGAAUCCGUUCCAUAUCAAACAAAAAGACUGGAGGUCAUUGCUGAAUAUGCCAAAAACUGAGACAGCGUCUGCUUAAUUACUGAUAUAACAUUGAUCUAGUCUGUCAAUUCAUUCUUUUUCAUAUGUUCAGCAAGAAGGUAGCCAAUCAGUAUUGUGAAUACUUCCUCGAGUUAUGUAAUCUCACUUGUGAUUGGGCUCAUUUUUACACAAUGUUUGAUAAUUGGAGCAUUGGCAUGACCAUGUGAUGAUGUCGAGAGAUCCAACAUAAAAAUAGAACCUAAUUACACCUCAUCAGUUUCAUUCGCUGUAAUUGGGCACAGGUCUGAGACUUGAGCACACUGAAAGUAUAAACCUUUGAUGAAUAUCUCGUACAAAUUUAAAGAUACGCACUGUCGAUUUAGAACUACAAAACAGAUCAGUUUUUAUAAUGAUGAGCCUGUAUAUUAUGGUACUCAUCUCCUCAUCUGUUGCCAUUCACAAUCGGGAACACAGUCUAAUGUAUCAUAUAAUUUCAAAUUUCCCUUCUAAAGAUGAGACACAAUGUUCAGUAAGAAGUAAACCCGUAUGGUAUUUUCCAUGUUUGUUUGAGAAAACAUUUAAAUUCCGUGGCUGGAAAGCAAUUUUCUAUUUUUACUUUUUUUCUGCUUUCCCCUGUUUCACGUAUAUCAUGUCAUUUAUACCCUAUUGUAUUUGAAUAUAUAAUAAAUAAUAUAUCUCCUAUCCGAUACAGAGCGGUGCUAAUAGUAUCGAAACUAAU